AUGGAAAUUGUCAUCUUUUUUCUUUCCUUCUUGGUAAGUAUCAAGAAUUACGUUAAUGUAAAGCGGUCUCACUGUUCCGAAACUCGAACUAAGCAGUGUAGAAAGGCGACUUCUUGAGUCUCUGAAGGCAGAAACUUAGGAAGGACUUGGCGAGAAAUUAAGCUCUUAACCUUAAAUUUUGACAAUGUCUAGUUUAAUUAUGUCCCUGUAUCGAUAACUACCUGACUUUUCUUACUAACAGCAGAAGCUUGCGUAUGUCAUUUCUCCUCUUUAGGUGAAAUUAACAUCCUCAUCCAUAUUUUGUGAAGAAAACCAAAGGGCAUACGGUCUGUUUGGAUCCUUGGGACUUGAUAACUUAACUGUUCAGGCGCUUGGCUUUAGCAUCAUUAUUCUUGUCUUGGCUUAUAACCUUUUGAGGCUAAAGCAAAAUGAAAGUGUAAGAAUUGAGAUCGAGCCAUCGUCGAAUAAGGAUGACUCUCAAGAUCCCGGUCCAAGUGAGUAACUGGCUAUCAGGAUAAAUGUUAUCUCCUGUUGUUUUUAUUCCCUCAGCUAUCAAAGAGAUCAUUUGACUCAGUGAGCUAUUUUAUGAGACUGAGCAUUCAGCAGUGGAACUUGUACUGCCAAUAGCGGUGUCCUCUACCAUGAGUUCUGUAUGCAAUUCAUUUUGCGAGGAAAAGAGCAAGUGUUACCCACUGUCAAAGAGAUUUUCCACCAGUCUUAGUAAACCAUGAAGUCAGUCUAACUUUCAAGCACAUAACCGAGUUUCUCUUCACAAUUUGCCUUCAUUGAAGGCUUCAGAUGCGACACAUUUCACACACAAAAAAAAAACAAGUAGAGCAAAGACCAGAAAGACCAUUCAAUGUGCCGAAGUUACUGAAAUAACGUAGUUCGGCGCGAAAUCGCCUUUUUGUGUAUAUUUUGAAACUCCUCGCAUGCAAAAAAUGUAACGAAUAUUACAAGUGCAUGGUCAGAACUCGAUUUACCGGUUUGAUGGUGAACUCACUCGUACGCACAUUUAAAGAGUUCCGCAACCUCUAGUACGGCAUUAAAAAAGAAUUAAUAAUCAUUUAUACUUCUUCGUGUACUAAUUUUGUUACCUUCGGGUCAUAGAAAGGUUGUGCUUUGAGCGCCGGUCUAGUGCUAUUAGAAGCUAAAGAAUGUAGAACUCAAAUUCAGUUUGGAUCAAGCUAAAACGGCGAGCAUUUAUGGGGUAAUAUGCAAUAUUACAGUUUUCAGUCCUCUCAAAAUUACAAGUGCAUUUUAUAGCCUGCACAUCAUUAUUACAACUAUAUCAUAUCAUUAUAGCACAAAUAUGUCAUAUUCAGUUAUUAUUACAACUGUUUUUUUAAAGAACUCGAAGAGAUCAUCGCAGAUCCAGAGUAUCCUAACAGAUAUACAAAAGACCACGCAGUAUUUGAGAAGGCAGGUGUGGAAGUUUUAGCUUCCAGAAAUAGCUCUAGACCAACUGGAAAACAAGUGCGAGUACCGUGUGAUAUGGCGUUGCAAGCUUUAUAUGCGAGUGAGUCAGCAGAGCCUGAUCUCUUGCAGGAGGAUGAAUUGUUACUAAGCCCCAUACUAACUCUGAUGUCAAGUACAAGGUUAAAUGAACUGCUUGAACUUCGCAUACCUCAUAGUGCUAAUAUGGUUUUAUCGUGUAAGAAUUGGACAGUAAUUUUGAAAGAGAAACUAAACAGCGCAAAGUGGGCCUCUGUAGCAGAGACUGAUAAGAAGGAAGCACAAGGAAUAAAAAAUUUUGUAACAAACAGCAACCAUGUGAGGUUUGACACCGACCAUCUGUCGACAUUUGCUAUUGUUGGUAAAUACCACAAGUCUUCUUUGUCAGUGUUAAAACGAAUGAAGCUUGCAGCGUUCUCUACUGGUGCUAAAGUUGGAGAGGACGUUUCAAUCCGGAUUUAUUGUUUCGAUGACUGCGAAUGGUCAUUAGAGGUACGUCAGUUUCUUUUGAUUCGCACGAUUUAGUCAGAUUUUGCAUUAACGAAACUACUUUCAUUUUACGACCAGUAAGAAAGAAAUUGGAAGGCUAAGGGUGGCGUAUGCGAUUUGGCAUACAUAGAGGUACAUGGGCCGAGCUCAGUGCUGCAAUCAAAGGUUUCCUUUAUCGUCACUGCGACCUUCUGGUUAUUUACACUGUGAUCGUGAUGGAGUGGCCAGCUUAAUUACCUGCCUCAGAUUUCACUUCCUAAGUUAACUUUCAACUUUUUCUUAAUACAGAGAAUAAUGGCGAGGGAGCAGAAGGAAGGAGGAAAAAUGGUAUCAUCAAUUGAAUCACUAAACUUCUCUGUUACCCUAGAGAAUGAUGUAGAAAUUACCGUAAAGGACGUUGCAGACUGGCAGCUAAACCAAGAUUCAACAAAGGUAUCAGAUCUCACUGUCUCAGUAAAUUGGCUAAGCUAUGCGCUUUGAGCCUGGCCAUGUUAAAUGGACUAGUAAGAAAGGCUUAGACUAGAUAUGGCUGUUUUUGCUUUAUGUCGAUAGAUUCACGAAGAUGUUGGGAUGUUAAUUUACAAUGUAGUACACAAAACUUGGUUCGCUGUACCUUUGCUGUUUGUGUAGCUCUGGUACGACUCGUAUAUGAAUAAAAAACAAAAGAAUUGUACACCAGCCAAGUUAUGGGGAGGGGGGGAGGGGAAUUUUUGAGCCGCAGGAAUUGUUUUUCGUUAUCAAAUUCCUUGAAUGAAUUUUUUUUAGGCCGUAGCAUGAAUAUUUUUUAGAGUUAAUUAGCGUGCAUGAAUUUGUUUUAAUUUAAUUUUGCCUUGCGCGAAUAUUUUUUUUGUACUUCGCCCGCCCCCCCAUAAGUUUUCUAAUGGUCCGUCCCUAAGCGAGUUCGGAUGUAACGUCACCUGUCUAGUUCAGGAGGCGCUAAGUUCCAAGCCUCCUCCGCUCACUUGGAUACAAAGACGUAGCCACUGCACUUUAUUAACUAUGGUGUCUUAGACCUUUGAAAUACCUUUUGACCUUGAACCUCUUUCUUCACAGAAACUCAGUUAUACUUCCUUGAAGAGCUCCUUCAACCUUAUCCCUUACUGCGAACUUAUGUUUCAUCCUACAAACAAUACAGGCAAUGGCUUUUUUGUUGCAAUGACCUUUGCUCAACAGCCGUCAGAGAAAACCGUGCUGUAUGCUAGUGUAACAAUAAAAAAAAGGUGA